AGGCAGUUUUUCAUAGGCUGGCACUGAAUGUUGACAGCUCUUUCUUUUUCCAGAGGGGAAAAUGUAUUCCUUGCUUCUUCCAAUGUAUGGCUUGUGGCUGCAUUGAUUCUGUUGUCAAGUUUACAUACUCAGUCUUUCCUGUUCCAUUUUUCACAUGCCUUCUCUUCUGUAUGUGGCCAAAUCUGCCUCAUUUUGUUAGUUGGAUAAUCCUAGUCUUGGAUUAAUGAUCCCAAUACCCUUAAUUACAUCUGCAAAAAUGAGGUGUUUUGUUUUGUUCCCAGCAGGGUAACACUCACAGGUUGCAGGACUGAAGACAUGACAUCUCUGGAGCCAAGCUUUAGCUGUGCACAACAGCAUGGUGCCCUCCCUUGGGAAUGGGGGGGGGGGGGGGGGAGCCAGAUCCAGCUAAGCAACUGAAAAGCUGGAUGCUCUUCUGCUUCACAGAUGUACUAGACCUAGAGCUUAGAUCCGAGACUCCAGCUGUUCAAGGCAACUCUGGGGAUGCCUUUGGGGGCAGGGUCUCUUGGGCCCCACUUGGCUGGGCUCCUGGAGGUGACUAUUGAUCAGUGUCGAACAGAAAGGGGCCACCAACUCACUCCAGUAGCCUCCACAGCCUCUUCAUAUUCAAGACAAACAAGGUGAACAGCUGCACUGAGAGUCUAAAAUGGAACAUUCUAGAGGCUUUGGAGCUUGGGGAAGAUACAGCUAAGCAGGAAUACCUACUUUCCCUCUCCCAGCCCGGGCACAGCUCCUUCCUUUCUAUGUUCAUUUCUCUGCAUGUUUGUAGUGCUGGGUACACAAAGUACUGUUCCAGGGAAUAUGCUCAACAAGCUUGUUUUGUUUGGCAGUUGUUUGUGUUCCUAUGAUUUCCUACAAAACCAACCAGGUGGCAAGUGGGAGGCUAGGCCAUUUGAAAGCUAUAGACGGAAGAGACUGACUCAUGAGAUGUGCCCUGGAGUUGCGCGGCCCUGCCCCCCCCCCCCCCCCAAACCUGGGCUUGUCGUCCUUGUAACCUGGGCUUGUCGUCCUUGUAAUAUUUGCCCUCUGCCAAAGGGCUGUCAGGCAGAGCCUGGUGAAGGUGGAGCUUCCUGUGUUUGCUGUCCCCUUCUCACCAGAGAGCCUGACCAGGGACUGCAGGCAGGCAGGCUGGCCAUUGGGGUCCUCUGGCUCCAGCGAUCUCAUUGCACCAGUUCGCCCCGAGGUCAGGAGCACCGUACACUGGCACUCUGAAGGCUGGCCUUCCACGGCCACGCAGUGGAGGACGCUCGGCAAACUGUGGAGUGACCACGCCAGCCAAAUGACCCAGUGGCAGACCUGACUGGGGGCCGUGGAGGAUCGCGCGGGGGCGCGGCGGCGGCGAUGUGGAGGUGACCGGCCGCGCGCGAGCUCCGGGGCCGGGGAACGCGCGCGGGCUUCGGCCGGGCGACGUCAGCCGAGGCGCAGGGGGCCCGGGCGCCGGGCAUGGAAGCCGCGGGCUUGGACUGGCUUCUGGUCCCGCUGCACCAGCUGGUGUCCUGGGUGGCCGCCGGGGCCCUGGUCUUCGGAGGGGUGGUGCCCUACAUCCCGCAGUACCGGGACAUCCGGAGGACGCAGAAUGCCGACGGCUUCUCCACACACGUGUGCCUGGUGCUCCUGGUCGCCAACAUCUUACGGAUACUUUUCUGGUUUGGGAGGCACUUUGAGUCUCCACUCCUGUGGCAGAGCAUAAUCAUGAUCCUGACCAUGCUCCUGAUGCUGAAGCUCUGCACUGAAGUCCGUGUGGCAAACGAGCUGAACAUAAAACGCCGCUCCUUUGCAGCUGCAGACAGUAAGGAUGAAGAGCUCAAAGUCCCCCCCAGGCGGCCCUAUCUGGAUUUUGAUCCUCACCACUUCUGGCACUGGAGCAGCUUUGCAGACUAUGUGCAGUGUGUGCUGGCCUUCACAGGGGUGGCAGGCUACAUCACCUACCUGUCCAUCGAGUCCUCCCUGUUUGUGGAGACGCUGGGCUUCUUUGCGGUGCUGACUGAGGCCAUGCUGGGCGUGCCGCAGCUGUACCGGAACCACUGCCACCGCUCCACAGAGGGCAUGAGCCUCAAGAUGGUGCUCAUGUGGACGAGUGGUGAUACCUUCAAGACAGCCUACUUUCUGCUCAAUGGCGCGCCCCUGCAGUUCUCUGUCUGUGGGUUGCUACAGGUGCUGGUAGACCUCGCCAUCCUGGGGCAGGCAUAUGCCUUUGCCCAUCACCCUCAGAAGCUGGUGCCCCAUGCAGUGCAUCCUGUCAGUGCCAAGGCCUUGUGAACUGCCUAGGGAAGACGAGGACAUGUAAUCGCUGGCUUGGGCACUGACGGCUGCCUGUGCUCCCAUGCCUGUCUGGGAGGCCAGCACUGUGGACAGCACAGAGGGUGUGGGCAGGGAUGGAGACCAGGUGUGGGGUGCUCCACCAGUAUCUGCCUGGGGCACUCAGGGUGCCUGGGGCCAGGGUUGGUGUUCCUUCAUGUUCAGCUAUCACCAGGAUGGUGAGAGCAGGUCUCAAAUCCAGGGCUGGCUGGUCAUGUUUUUAAGGUGAUGGAAAUGGCAAUCCUUGUCCUCUCAGAAAAUACUGGCCUGACCCUGAAACAGGCUCUUAGUCCCACUGGAAGGGCCAUGGGGCUCUGUAGUCUUCUCUACCCCAGCCCACCAACCAGUCUCCCAGGCAAGCAAGAAGACCUUGCCUGGUGGCUAUGGCCCCCUGGACAGAGCCAGUCUCAGCUGCUGGAGGCUGGUUCAUCCUCCCUCUGCCUGGCCUGUGUUCCACAGCUGUCUGCUGUGCCUGGUGUAGGCAGGAGCCGCUGGCUUGACAUCUGUUACUAGGUUCUUUCCCUCUCUCAGUUCGCCAUGAGGCUGGGCGGUGCUUGGUAGCCCUGUGUUGACCUCUAGCUCCUAGACCAGAAUGUUCUAGAUGCCUCCCACUGCGGUGUCUCCCCUCUGCUGGGUGGAAGGGGUUGCUUCACUGCACAUGCUGCCACUGUCCAGUCAGCAUGGCCCCUGUGCGACAGCUACCCGCGCCCAGCUGCAGCUGGCGGGAGAGUCAGUGCUAUCCAACUUCGCCUUCCCUUCAGAGACUCUUGAAUGUUCAGUGAGACUCCUGCUUAGCUCUUUAGCUUGUGAGAUGCUUUGAAGAUGUUUAUUUUUUCUAAUGAAGGGAAAUGUCUGUAAAGAUAAUUGCUUCAAAAUUAAAAUGUCACCAACCGCA